AUGUCCAAGUGGAUGAGUUUUAAACUGUUCAAGGAGAGCAGCCGACUCUCUGGAGGAUGUGAGUUGACGGUGGUUCUUCAGGACUUCGCCGCCGGAAGCAGCUCAGAGAUGUCCGUCAGCACAGGUCAGACCGUGGAGCUGCUGGAGCGACCCAGCGAGCGGCCCGGCUGGUGUCUGGUCCGGUCCACAGAUCGCAGCCCGCCUCAGGAAGGACUGGUGCCCAGCUCGGCCCUCUGCGUGUCCCACUCCCGCUCCAGUGUGGAGAUGGACUGCUUCUUCUCAGGGAAAGUUGUGUGGCUCUGUUGUGUGGCUCUGUUGUGUGGUUCUCUGUUGUGUGGUUCUGUUGUGUGGCUCUGUUGUGUGGUUCUGUUGUGUGGCUCUGUUGUGUGGCUCUGUUGUGUGGUUCUGUUGUGUGGCUCUGUUGUGUGGUUCUGUUGUGUGGCUCUGUUGUGUGGUUCUCUGUUGUGUGGUUCUGUUGUGUGGUUCUGUUGUGUGGUUCUCUGUUGUGUGUGGUUCUGUUGUGUGGCUCUGUGUGUGGUUCAGUUGUGUGGUUCUGUUGUGUGGCUCUGUUGUGCGUUGCUGUGUGACAGACUGGUCGGACUGGUGUAG